AUGACGGCUGCGCCCUCGGGAAAGCUGCCCGCUCUGCACCUUCUACGUGAAAACCGCUUGAUCGCUGCGGACGACAUUCGCAGCUGGCUAGACACUCAGCACCCUCUGACUGGGAAGACGGCAAGUCUCCAAGGGAUGCCAACGCAAGCUACAUACGACAGUGCACUGGCAACCGCCCAACUCGUGCUUGUCCGCCUGCUGCCAGCAUACAACGUGUCUUUAUCGGGGCCAUCUAACGACGUCGCUCUCAUGAUCCCGGGACCACCUCCUCUCUCUGCCGGCUUGACGACCCCUCUGCCUGCGUCGUUCACCGGCGACGAGCGGGUUAUCGACGAGGACGAGCUCGUGGAGAUUGGUAUCGAGGCGCUCGAAGCGCUGCGGGUGAAGCUUGCCGAUCGCACGGGUUCCUGGGCGUAUGGGGCACGAGCACCGACUCCUCUGGACGCCCUCCUGGCCUCGCACCUCUAUUGCAUCUACGGUCUUCCAGCCUCGUCCGCUCUGCGUUCUAAGCUUGAGCAAUCUUCCGAGCUUGGCGACUACGUCGAUUCCGUGCUUGACUAUGCCAUGAAUGGGUAG